GUACACGCGCGCGCAAGCGUUAUCUUCAACAAUUGACGUCAACGUACGUGCUACUAUCGUCUCAUCGUUAAUUGUUCCUGGGUGUAAUUGCAAGGCAAAUAGCCCGUAUGCUACACCACGUGGUCGACUGAUCGACUUCUUCCUCUUUCGUCUUGUCUCCGAUCAUUUUUUAUUUCGAACGUACGUACGUAAAGCACGUUGAUUACAAGAUCGUACGGUAUAUACAGUCGAACUUCGAUAAUUCGAAACUCAACGGAAGAGCCGCGAGUCUUCGAGUUAUACAGAUUUCGAUUUAUCGAAAGUUUUCAGUAACAGAGGAUUACCGAACGAAACUUCGACGUACAGAAGCGUUGUGGUACGAAGGUUAAUAAUUUUUUGUGUGUUACGGAUAAUGGAAAGAAGGAACUUAAAUUUUGAACAUGAAUGAGUAGUUGAAUGGAAAGAGACAUCGUAUGACUGGUUUUUAGCAUCUUCUUGUACAUAACUAUAAACUUCGAGUUGUAAAGGUAGCAGCAAUAAAAGUUUGAUUUACCGACGUGAACUUGGACUUAUAGUCAGGCUAUUUUAAUUUCGAGUUACAGGAGUAAAAUAAUGUAGCUGCGUAUGUGAUAAAUAAUUCGAAAUCAAGUGAAUUUUAUUUCGAGUUAUAGAGGUUCUUGUAGUGGAGCACAAAGAACAUAGUUUUCGAGCUAUCGAGGUGACAAUAAAAUUCGAUCUAUCGUUUUAAUGCGGGUUUCCCUAACUUUAGGUGCAAAGUCGAAAUUAUUAAAUUGGAAAAACAGCAACUAAUAAAGAUUGUAUACAUCUGGUGUUCAAAAACGACGGAAAGAAUAACUGCAAACACGAUUGCCCGCCAAAUGAGUGCAUGAUGCUACAGCCAUUGUGGACCAUGACAGCGAUCUGCUUCGUGUGUAACCUGCCGAUCCUGAGUCAUCAGGUCGGCUUGGAAUGGCAAGGAGGCAAUGGCUGGGACGAUCUUAUGAGGGAACAGGUCGAGGAGUCGACUCUCAGGCAACGUUUGGGAACAGGAAGACGCGACUCGGCAACACAAAUCACACCCACAUCGCCGCCUAACGAGCCCCAGGAAUCGUCGCCGACAAAUCAACGUCGUCGACGGUCCAGUUUAGCUCAGCUGACGGAUAUAUUAAGGGAAUGGGGCGGCGGUGGUACAUCCGGAAAGAGCAGUCGCGGGAACAAAUUAUGUCGUCGGGAAACGUUAGCCGAUAUCGCGAAAUCGUUACCGUGGUCCAGGCAGACCACGACGGACGCCAGCCAUCUUGAAAGGCUGCGGAAAAGACGGGAGAGUUCGGUGGAUAGCGGAAUAAGAAGUCAGGCGUCGACGAAAUCGAGGAGAGACUCCGCCAUUAGCGAUUUUAAGAAUGAUAUCGCUAAAUUGUGGGGAAAGAAAGAUGCGACUCCUCAGGCUCAACCACCUCCUACGGUUAUUUCACCUACCCCUCGUAGAGAAUCGUCUGCUCAAGCCGAGACCAAGCGUUUGGAUUUCAGGACCAUGACAGCGAUCUGCUUCGUGUGUAACCUGCCGAUCCUGAGUCAUCAGGUCGGCUUGGAAUGGCAAGGAGGCAAUGGCUGGGACGAUCUUAUGAGGGAACAGGUCGAGGAGUCGACUCUCAGGCAACGUUUGGGAACAGGAAGACGCGACUCGGCAACACAAAUCACACCCACAUCGCCGCCUAACGAGCCCCAGGAAUCGUCGCCGACAAAUCAACGUCGUCGACGGUCCAGUUUAGCUCAGCUGACGGAUAUAUUAAGGGAAUGGGGCGGCGGUGGUACAUCCGGAAAGAGCAGUCGCGGGAACAAAUUAUGUCGUCGGGAAACGUUAGCCGAUAUCGCGAAAUCGUUACCGUGGUCCAGGCAGACCACGACGGACGCCAGCCAUCUUGAAAGGCUGCGGAAAAGACGGGAGAGUUCGGUGGAUAGCGGAAUAAGAAGUCAGGCGUCGACGAAAUCGAGGAGAGACUCCGCCAUUAGCGAUUUUAAGAAUGAUAUCGCUAAAUUGUGGGGAAAGAAAGAUGCGACUCCUCAGGCUCAACCACCUCCUACGGUUAUUUCACCUACCCCUCGUAGAGAUUCGGGAGAAUCGAGGAACUCUCGCCGAGGUUCCAGCGAGAGCGCCAGAUCUCGGCGGGAUUCCGUGAUCGCUGGACAGACUCCAAGUCCCGGAGAACGGAAACAUAAUUGCCGUCAUCAUAGACGUAGACAAUCGCAACAAUCGGUGGAUAGUGGUAGCGGCGUGACGCCCACAAAAUAUUACAGGAACGAUCAAAGACCGAGCGCCUCCAGCACCGACAGCACAGCCAGCAAUGCUGUUAGAGAUCACCUCGAAACUCGUAACUCGAUGGAUAAGAGUGAUCGAUCGAGCAGCAUCGAAGCAAAAACGGUGGACACGAAGACGGUUACACCAACCACAACAACAACAACAACAACCACACCGCAAAUCGAUGGAAAGAUAAUGAUCACGACUACCACCGAUUCCAAAACGUCUACGAUCACGACAACAACCACGGUCACGACGUCCACCACGUUGACCGUGGACACGAAAACCACUUCCGAAACUAAGAAUCUUACUUUAGAGACAUCUAUCACUCCUCCUACCAUCGUGAUGUCGUCGGUGACACCGCCGUCUGUAUCGCCGACAGCUGCUAGUAACCUUCCUCUUCCUGGAACCUCUACUUCCGGUAGCUCUAGUCCGGUUGGUUCGCCGAAUGUGAACACACCGACUCAUCCGUUGCUUACGACUAGGAGGGACUCUACCACUCAGUGUUACUACAAAGGAAAGGAGGCGUCGCCAAAUAAAUUUUCGAGAUUAACACGACAAGCGGCUGCCAUAGACGAAUCAAUGCCACCCACAGGCCGGCGAGGAAGUCAGCCAACGCUGUCACCAGAUCCUGAUGAAGGAGGACGCAAGGCUCGCAGGGAUUCGUUGAGUCCUGACUCUGCCUCCUAUCCGAAACGACGCGAUUCCAGGAGCCAUCUGAGUCCGGACAGGACGGUCGAUAAGAGGGAUAUUAGUCCUAUCAGGCAACGGAAAUCUCAGCUGAGAAGGCAGUCCACGUCGAUGGCUGGUCGGUCACCUCCCAGGUCACCAGAUAGUUCUUCCUGUUCCUCGAGGGAUCCGAGUCCCUCUCCUUGCGCGCACGCCCCCGCGAUAAGAAGACAGUCGACCACGGAUGAGAUUUUCAUAGCGCGAGGUUUUCGACGGCAGAGCACUGCCGAGGAAAUGAUUAGGUGUCGAAAUUUUCGGAGACAGAGCUCUCAAAGCGACGAAACGGUUCAAAGAUAUAGAGGACGAAGGGAUAGUUCUGCACAAAUUACGGACGGAACAUUUGCAACGAUGACUGUUGAAACAUCAAGUACAUUUUUCGAUAGCAGUACUCAAACUGAAAACAGCUAAAAGGAUUUUAUAAAAAUUAAUUCAAA